CCCAGCACUGGGCCUGGGAGUUCCGCCAUCCUUGUUUAGAUCCAAAUAUGGCAGUUGCGGGGGGGGGGUCCCCAGCCGGGAGUGUUUACCAAUCGCCAUGGCGCUGGGGUUCCGGCGGAUCCUGAUGGGGCUGGAGGUUCCGCUGCUGCCUUCAAACUGUCUGGACUCGACCGUUGGCAGGAGGACUUUCUGGCCUCUCCUGCUGCUCACAGCAAAUUUCCGUCCAAUUUUGGCCGUGAGGGAGAGCAGAACAUGGCCUUGGGCAAGGAGUCCAGAGACAUGGGAGAAGGACGCCCCUUACUACGCGGCGUGGGCAGCCUUGAUGGGGCUACUCCUGUGGCUCCACUCAGUGACUUCCAGCCACAGGAGAUUAAUGAAGAGUGCUCCGUGACCGAAACCAGCAAAUGGUCCCUGAAGUCAUUCUCAGACGGCUCCAGGAUCCAGCAUGUCAACAAUGGGAACGGGAUCCUGGAUGAAGCGGUUGCCAGCAGUUCCCAGAGGAGUGUCUUCAGGGUUGAGGAUGAUGGGUGGUUCCUGCAGACCAUUGCCACCGAAUGGUCUUGUGAGGGUGCCGACAUCGAAGAGGCCGAGAUCCCAGAGGUCAACACAAGGGAUCAGGAGCUGGACGUGGAGAGUUUCAUCAGUUCCCAGAGCGUCCAGAGGCCAAGCACCGUGCAGAGGAGGCUACACAACACUGCUGAUGAUGAAGAGCCAUCCCUUGGAGAGAGUUCUUCCUUCCCGGGGGCCGAGACUCCACAAGCCAGCGUGAAGGACGAGGGGUCGGAAGGGGACUGUGACACCAGUUCACCCAGAGUCUCUCAGAUAAAGAGGCUGCUGCACACUGAAGUGGUGGAAGACUCAUCCUCGGCAGAGUGCUCCUCUAUGGACGAGGAUGACACCAUGUAUGACGUGAGCAGCAUUGAGGACGAAGUGUGGGACUCUCCACCAGCCCCCAGUUCGGCCAGGAACAUUGACGGCAAGGAAGAAGGAAGAGGACAGCUUCAGCCCCAGAUUGGUUCUUCUCGGUCCAUCUGGGAGAGGUGAGAGCAACAAAGAAGAUUGGGGACGUCAUCCAGUGUGUGGAGUAUGCCAGUGAGGUGGAGGAGAGGUUCCCCGAACUCCUGGUGGGCCUGGUGAACAAGAUCCUCACCGGCCUGCAGAACACCACCGAGGGAGUGGGGAACCGGGAGAGCCAAGACCUGCCUCCUGAGGAGACCUCGCAGAUUGUCCGGACCCUGCUGGAGAGGGUGGCACAGGUGACCCCAGAGAAGACCUGCUGGGAACCCCUGUGCUCUCCGCAGAGCUGCCUCCAGGGUGUGGCCCUCUUGGUGAACUGCUCCUGAAAGACAAAGACUUCGCCGCCUUGGAGAAGACUUGGACGCUCCUGGUAGCAUGGCUAGUUCACUCCAGCCAGAACAUCCGCUACCUGAGCGAAAGGGGACUUCUCCAAAUUUAUGGAAAGCUGAAGGCGGCAAAGAAACCCCAGGAUUUUAGUGCCGGGAUCCUGGGAGGGCUCAGGACCUCCAGUCUGGAAGCCACUUUGGGAGUCCUGGCCUUCAUGGAGCGGCUGAGGCACUGCUCAUCAGAACAUCAGGCCACAGUGAAUGCUGUCCUGGCUGCCUUGUGCUGCCCUCUCUUCCACCACGAGGAGGCUAAGAUCCGAAGGGCAGCCAUGAAGACCCAUCUGGAUCUCCUGCAGCACCGCCACCACCAUCAUGAGGGUACAGAAGAAAACAUCACGACCCUCAUCGCGGUGCUGAUGCAUGUGGAGGAUGA